CUAAUGUUCAACUACAAUUGGCCCCCGGGCAGUGGAGGCUCCGCUCCGACGGACACUUGCAUAGAAGAACUGUAGUAUAUUUGAACUUGUCAUUUUCAUCACUUUCUCCAUAACAUUCCAACGUCAUCGUGAGCUAUUCAAAUGAAUGGAAAAAAAGCAAGUUCGAAUCCUGGCAGAUGUACCGCUAAGAGCUUCCAGUCUCGUAUCCAAGUUCCCCACUCUGGGAGAGUUUGUCAGCAUGAUUAUUGAUCCGAUCCAAUUCCCCGGAAUCUCUGGCAGACCUCCGAAAUUUGGGCGCCCGCCGAAUCCGUGAUGAACUAAGAACGACCACUCUCUCUUCCUCCUUCAUGGCCGUUCCUGGCUCUGCUGGUUCUGGCUCCCCAUUCACAACUGAUCUCCCUUCGAGGAGUCCUGUUUUCACUCCCAUCGGAUGAGCCUGUCUGGAUUGUGAUUUUCUCUUUUUUCCUCCAUUGCAUGACUUCAGAAUGCCCCGCGCGGGUUGAUGCAGCUUUGGAGGCCCCGCCGUCCUCAAUGGAGACCAACACUGUCAUCGUCGGCAAUGGGCCGUCGGCCAUGAUCCUGUCAUACAUUCUACAUGGCCACAUUCCGUUUUACUCGCGGAACCCUCCGCAUCCAGAUUCUCUGCUCGAUUCCAAGUUGAAAGACAUUCCUGAUCUGCUGAACGCCAACGUGGACGCGCUUACCGCGCAUUUUGCGGCUUCUCGGUUGUCCUACUCCACCCAGGCUCUACCAGUGAAUGUCCUGUUGGACACUCUGGUGCGACCGAGUGUCGAUGUGGAUGAAUCAGGCAACACGACAAAUAUUGAGUGGCGCCAUGUGCCUGAAAAGGCCAUCUCCCACCUCGUAUUCGGCGAUGCGCCUCGGCCGGGGGUCAAUGGUCAGAGGAUCCCCACGGGGCGAGCUGGGACAUUCAGACUUUGA